AUGGAGACAGGGAGGGGACGUCCUAAGAAAAAGAAGGUGUUAUCCCCCCUAGUUCAUACUCUGGAAAUGGAGAAGGGAACAGACAAUGGGAGCACCUCGAAAAGCAUGGAAAGUAGCCAACAUGAGGAACAAGAAAUUGUUAAAGAGAACAAAGGAGAUCCAAAAGUCUCGGAAGUGGAAGAAAGGAUGAACAUUAAGACUAACCAUGAAGAAGAGCCACCAAAAAAGUUAUAG